CCCGCGCUGCACCGCCCCAGUGCUUCCUCUGACCCAGGAGGCCAGGAUUUCGGGGUUUGGCGGGUGGGGGGCACUGCGAGGGAGGACGCCACUCUUGGAUCGCCGCAGCUCUUGGGGGACGCGGUGCAGUCGACCAGACAGCACCAUGGGGAGCGCCCCGGGGCCCAUUCACCUGCUGGAGCUGUGUGACCAGAAGCUGCUGGAGUUUGUCCGCAAUGUGGACAACAAGGACCUGGUGUGGCUGGAGGAGAUCGAGGAGGAGGCCGUGCGCAUGUUCACCCGGGAGUUUAGCAAAGAGCCGGAGCUGAUGCCCAAGACUCCGUCUCAGAAGAACCGGUCAAAGAAGAGGCGGAUCUCGUAUGUUCAGGAUGAAAACAGAGACCCCGUCCGGAAAAGGUUGUCGCGCAAGAAGAAGCGGAGCAGCCAGCGGCUCUCCCGGCAGCUCCGCAGCAAGGACAAGGCGGAGAAGCUGGUCACGGCGGCCGGGGAAAGCCCCGUCCUGCGGCGCGUGACCCGUGCCACGGCCGCGGCCGCCCCCGCCCCCCCAGCCGUGCCCGCGCCCAUCCCCGAGUCUCCCACCGCCGCCUCCCCGAGGCCCGAGUCCAGCCCCGCCCCGCCCGCGCUGGUGCCGGUGGUGCAGAUCCGGGCCCGGGAGCGCCACAGCGCCGAGGAGCAGCUCAGGCAGCUGGCCCCGGCGCCCUCCUCCGACGGGGACCCCACCCCCACGACGCCCCCGCCCGGGCCCGUGGCCGCCGUGAGCCAGCUGCUGACCACGCCCCAGGACGCCAAGGGCCGAGCGCCCGGAACCGGGCGGUCCGCCUCCAAGCUCAGGAUCGCCCAGACGCCCCCGGGCCCGCGGGACUCGCCGGCCUCCCCAUGGCAGGAGCGGGCGCUGAUGCCCCUCCUGCCCCCGAACUGUGCCACGCCCACGGGUGCCCGCUUGGACCCGCGGCCGCCGCGGCGCAGCCUGCUAGCCUCGAGCAACCAGAAGGCGCAGGUCUCGCUGGCCGAGAAGUUCGCCCUGGUGGCCAAGCAGGAGUUCCCGGUCCGCAGGUCCAGCAGGAUCGCCAAGAAGGACCCGGAAGAGCCCAGUGCCUCGGCCCGCAUCAUUUGCCACAGUUACCUGGAGAGGCUCCUGAACGUGGAGGUGCCCCAGAAAGUCGGUUCCCUGCAGAAGGGCCCGGAGCCCGCGGAGUCGGCUGAGCCGGAGGUCCCCAACAACGACCAGAGUUCCCCAGGGCCCUGCGGGGCCACCAAGAUCGCCGCCAGCACACCGGGCUCCCAGGCUGUGGCUGCGGACCCGCACACGCCCCCGGACGGCUUUCCCGAGGCCAAGGCGGACCAAGCAGACGGCACCAAGGAGCAGCCCCUCAGUGCCAGGAGGAAGCGAAGCUAUCGGCAGGCGGUGAAUGAGCUGGACGAGGAGCUGCAGCUGGACGAUGAGGAGGAGGAAGAGGAGGAAGAGGAGGAGCUGCAGCCCCCCAGGAGCAAGACCCCGUCCCCACCCUGCCCUGCCAGCAAGGUGGUGCGGCCCCUGCGGACCUUCCUGCACACGGUCCAGCGGAACCAGAUGCUCAUGACCCCGACCUCAGCCUCCCGCAGCAGCGUCAUGAAGUCCUUCAUCAAGCGCAACACGCCCCUGCGCGUGGACCCCAAGGAGAAGGAGCGGCAGCGCCUGGAGAACCUGCGGCGGAAAGAGGAGGCCGAGCAGCUGCGCCGGCAGAAGGUGGAGGAGGACAAGCGGAGGCGCCUAGAGGAGGCCAAGCUGAAGCGCGAGGAGCGUCUCCGCAAGGUGCUGCAGGCCCGCGAGCGGGUGGAGCAGAUCAAGGAGGAAAAGAAGAAGCAGAUCGAGCAGAAGUUCGCCCAGAUCGAGGAGAAGAACGAGAAGGCCAAGGAGGAGCGGCUGGCCGAGGAGAAGGCCAGGAAGAAGGCGGCGGCCCGGAAGUUGGAGGAGGUGGAGGCCCGCCGGAAGCAGGAGGAGGAGGCCCGCAGGCUCCGGUGGCAGCAGCAGGAGGAGGAGCGGCGCCGCCUGGAGCUGCAGCAGAGGCGGAAGGAGGAGGAGCAGGAGCGGCAGCGGAAGGCGGCCGAGGCCAAGCGGCAGGCGGAGCAGCGCGAGCAGGAGCGGCUGCGGGCCGAGAGGGAGCAGCAGGAGCGCGAGAAGGCCCUGCAGCUGCAGCGCGAGCAGGAGGAGAGGAAGAGAAAGGAGGAGCAGCAGCGUCUGGCUGAGCAGCGGCUGCAGGAGGAGCAGGAGAGGAAGGCCAAGGAAGCCGCGGCCAGCAAGGCCCUGAACGUGACCGUGGACGUGCAGUCCCCAGCCUGCACCUCCUACCAGAUGACGCCGCAGGGGCCGCGCAGCACCCCCAAGAUCAACCCAGACAACUAUGGGAUGGACCUGAACAGCGACGACUCCACGGACGACGAGGCCCAUCCCCGGAAGCCCAUCCCCUCCUGGGCGCGCGGCACCCAGCUCAGCCAGGCCAUCAUCCACCAGUACUACCAGCCCUGGGACCUGCUGGACCUCUUCGGCUCCAUCCCGCCGCUGGACCUGGAGGACAUCUUCAAGAAGAACAAGCCGCGCUACCACAAGCGCACCAGCUCGGCCGUGUGGAACUCGCCGCCCCUGCAGGCCCCGCGCGGGCUCAGCGGCCUGGCCUACAGCCUGAAGAAGUACUGAGGCCCGCGGGGCCCCCCUGCGUGUAGGCAUCCUCUGUGCGGUGGCCCGCCAGGGGGACCCGGGCCUGCGGGGUCAGCGCCGGGCUGGCCGGCUGGCCGGCGGGGCAGGGGGCAGCAGGCCCAGGACUGCCCGGCGCUGGCUCUGUAAAUAGAUUGUUGUCACGCAGCAAGUUUUAGCCUCUGGAGUUUGAGAGACCGUUUCUUAAUAAAGUCUGUUCCUUUC